GCUCGCAUCAAUGGCGUGGUUCUACGCACAUUUCAUGCUCAGUUGUAUUUUGACUCCCGUUGUGUUAACAUUAACCUGCAUUCAGAACCUGCAGUCCCGAGUCUCCUGUUAAUCUCAUUUCUCUCCGUCUCAUUCUUAUUGUAGUGUCGUUUUAAGAAGCGUCCGUGAUGUUCCUGCGAGAGUUGACAGCAUGGGACAUCAGCAGAGCGUGCUAGACACAAAACGCAUCCAAAUUAAUUUGGGAAUGAGGAGGAGCUGACGCGAGUAUUUUGAGAGGUUCUACAAGGGGUCUCCGCUGAUCCCACGAUGUUUGUACUGAAGAUAUGGGGAUUUUCAGUCCCUCCUCAAUGAGCGUAACUGUUCAGGCAGCCUAGGCCUCAUUCGCAGGAUUAGGCCUAUAUCCGCAAAGACUUGGUUGGCAUCUUUGUUAUGAUACGCAACUCAGAAUGGCCUGGAGUGAAUAAUGAGCGCGAGACAUUCACUCAAAGAAUAUUCGCUGGCUCUUGUGACAGCUGCGGCAUUUUUGCUCCUGAUAUGCUUCACCUGGGAAGCAAAUCAGCCAUCGACACCCACUGUGGCAGUACAGUACGUCAAUGACCAACCGCCAUUAGAGGCCUACGCCAGCCUUUUCCCUAGUCAUAAAUCUUUAUUGGAUCUAGGAAGGGCUUCGUUCAUGAUAAACAGCGCGAUUUGUAAAGACGCGGAUCAGCCAGUACUUCUCCUCUACCUUGUGUUUUCACACCCAUAUCACAAGGAACUCAGGGACACUCACCGCAAGCACACGUCGCAGGAGCUGCUGAAAUCCCUGGGGUCAAGAAGAGUCUUCUUCCUAGCGGACGGCAGUCAGAAGUCUCAGGAGAAUUACCCGACGGUGCCAAUGCCCGUCGUGUUCAGUGAAAAUGCCCAACACCGAGAUCUCGUCGUGGCUGAUUUCAUUGACCAUUAUCGCAACCUAACCUACAAACACGCCAUGGCUCUGUCGUGGGCUAAACAGUUUUGUCCUCAGGCUCGUUACAUCCUUAAAAUGGAUGACGACAUCAUGGUUGAUGUCUGGGGCGUGACGAACCUACUCAGGUCAGGACUAGCUGCUGACAAUUUUGGUGUCAUCCAUAGCAGAGCAAGAGAAGUGGUUUUGAAUCACAAGGGCUCCUGGGCAGCUGGGCUGCAGCAGAGAGGUUUGCGACCACAACGAGAGAGUGGCAAGUGGAAGGUGACAACUGCAGAGUUUCCAGGGACCGUGUACCCGAAUUACCUGUCAGGUUGGGCCUAUAUCAUAACACAGCCGGCAGCUUCGGCCAUCGUGGCAGCUGCUGGCAACGACACUCCUUUCUGGAUAGACGACGUGUACAUGACAGGGAUACUGGCCGUGAAGGCGAGAGUGCAACACUACUCUCUCAACCAUCACUACACACUGACAGUCAGUUCUGUGAAGUGCUGUCUGGAAGGGAAGGACGCCUUGGCAUCUGCUUCCCUUCCGACGAGAGAAGCACCACUCUGUAACCUUCUAGUUGCUCCCUCUGGGAAAAAUGUUACACUCUUGGCCUCGUGGCUCAUUGCAGCCAGACAUUGCCACCGGGCUAACAGAUGCCCUCCACGGCAACAGCCUGGAGCUUGUCCCCCAACGAGGCCUUAUUAUGGUGUCGGCACAGUCAUACCUUUGUCGUGACGAUUCUAAGUGUCCCUUUGUCGUGGCAGUGGUACUAAGUGUCCCUACGUAAAUGUGACAUUAACUAUGAAAGCUUGCUCAAGUUUUAAAGUUAGAAUUCUACUUAGCCACUGUUCAAACUCGCUUCAUGGUUUGAGAUCUAGUGAGAAAUCGAUGUCUGUCUGGCUGUCUGGGAAUUCUGCAACUUGAUGAGAAGAAGAGUGUUCAUUGUGGGGAAUUUGCCAAAUGCAAUGAAUCUUUGCAGGAGAAAAUUUUAAAAAUGGCUACAGAUCUAAGGAAAUUGAAAGAAACUGCUAAAAAUUUGAAAGCAAACCAAGAAAUCACAAUAAGAAGGGCAGACAAAGCUGUUGCCAUUGUGCUCAUCCAGACCUCUGAAUAUUACGAGAAACUGGACCAAAUACUGGCUUAUUAUUAUUAUUAUUAUUAUUAUUAUUAUUAUUAUUAUUAUUAUUAUUAUUAUUAUUAUUAUUAUUAUUAUUAUUAUUAUUAUUAUUAUUUAUUAUUUGACAUAGAUACGAUCAUGAGGAUAACUUAGAAUUUUUGUUAUAAUAAUAAAUUUCUGAAACGUUUUAUUACAAAUUUGAGAUCAUGUUCUGUUUAAUGACUUAAAUUAGGCAAUAUAUUAUUUUAUCCACAAAUUAACGUUUCUGUAUAUGCUAGUGUAUGAAC